UAUUUAUUUAUUAUUUUUUUAAUGGACAUGGCCAUGUACUGUAACCUAUGUGCCUUUAGUGUUUAUUACUGCACUGUCUAACAACUAACAUGAUUAACAGUGAUGGUCUAUGAUGGGUCGAGGGAGGCGUCUGGCCCUUGGCAUCUUUGUCCUGCUGGUGGUCGACGUCAUUUGGGUGGCUUCAUCAGAAUUGUCGGAGUAUAUCUUCAAUGAUACCGGCUUCAAUAAACCUUUUUUCAGUACAUACUUAAAGACCAGUAUGUUUUCACUAUAUUUGCUGGGAUUUAUAUUUUGGAGCCCCUGGAGACACCAAUGUGCCCAAAGAAACCACGAUGAGAGUAUUUACCAGGAAGUGGAUUCAAUGGAGGAUGAAGAUUUACCGCUGUCAGAUGUUUGCUCUUGCUGACGAGAGACAGGCGCACCCCUCCACCUGUGCCCAUCUUCACUUUGGACCAGCUGGCAUCUAGUGUUGCGAGAGACAGUGAUGCGAAUGCUCAACUGACACAUUUGGUCCUGUGGCACUAUUUACCCAUUCAACAAGCUAGAACGAUUUAUAACAACAAUGAUGAAAAGAGUGAACCAAAGUAUGUUCCUCUGAAACUACAAGAAUUGCAAGAAAAAAGUUCUGAUGGAGAAUCUGAUGACUCUUCAGUAAAGUCCGUCCGCUUCAGCAAAUUGACAGAGGUAUGUAGUGAUGCUUCUUUUAAGAGAAUACCAGUAACUAUUUAAAUUUAAAGGUAAGUCUAGAUUGUUGGGAAUGUAAUUACUGAAAGUGAAGAUCUUCAACAAAUUCUUUAUGUCCAGGGCUUAGUUUUGGAAUUUCUGUAGUUCAAGACAGAGUUAAUAUGAUUUAAAUCAGAGUGAAAAAAUCAUGAUUAGAUUUUAUUUUACUUAUUUUUUUUAUACUAAUAAUAGAAACUAUAUUUUCCCUUGAGAUUCUUUGUGGUAGUAUAGCUACAGUUGAUAUAAUUCAGCUCCCCACUAACUUGAAUAAUUGAUGCAGAGCUCUUCCGGGAAUGAGAGAUUUCCCGGUAAUGAUACAAAUUUCUCAAACCCGGAAAAUUCAACAUUCCUGGAAUUUUUUAUUGGUAAAAGAAUACUACUUCGCUAUUCGCAACCCCAUUCUCAUGGUGGGAGGCUACUGUCUUGCCUUUC